GAAUUAAUUCAAAAUUCACCCCACAAAGCUCUCUGUCUCUCUCUCUUGCCAUGUUUGUGGAAUCUCCAAAGUCAAGUCGUUAGAGCGAGUAAACUAAUAAUGACGAUGGACGAUAACAACUCCGUCUACGUCGGCGGCCUCCCUUACGACGUCACCGAGGAAUCUCUCCGCCGCGUUUUCUCCCCUUACGGCACCGUUCUCGACAUCAAGAUUGUGAAUGAUCAGAGUGUGAGAGGGAAAUGCUACGGCUUUGUCACAUUCUCUAAUCGCAGAUCGGCUGAUGAUGCGAUUCAAGACAUGGAUGGGAAAAGGAUUGGUGGGCGUGUAGUGCGUGUGAAUGAGGUGACGACAAGGUUUGGUGGAAGGUUGAGUUCAGGUGCUCAGGGGAGGUUUCAACCACAGAGCCCUGAUAGGAGAAGUGAUUUUAGUUGUGAGAGGGAUCGGUACAGAGAAAGGGAUAGGUCUCAGGAGAGGAGAAGAGAUCAUUAUGAGCAUUCACAUGGUUUUGAGAGGAGAAGUGAUCAUGGUAUGGUGGAUAGGAAUGGUUAUAAGGAGAGAGUUUUCGAAGGUGAAGAAGGAGGAGAUUGGCGUGGGGAUAGUGGUAGGGGAGUCAAUGGGAAUAGUGAUCACGAAGGAAGGAGCCAAGACACAAAGAGAGAAGAUAGUUCUAUGGUUGAUGGUGGGCGUGGCAGAGAUGGCAAAGAUCACAUCUCUAACUCAAGUGGAGAUCACAGUUUUCAGGUUAAAGGUGAUAUUGAAGCGUUGAUUAAGACUCGUGACCUGCUUCAUGAUGAGGUACUGGUGAUGGAAGGCAGAUUGAGAGCAAAAGAAGAUCUGUUCACAGAGCUACAGGAGAAGUUUGAGAGAUUAGAAGAUUUAUUGAACGAUGAAAAGAAACUGACUUCACAACGCCGAAAAGAAUUGGCAAAGCUACAUAAAUCAUUUUCAAGGGUCAGAGAGUGUACAGACAACUUGAAAGACUGCGAACAGGAACUUCAGUCGCUUGUUAAUUCAGUAGCUAGAGAAGGCGUGGCUGUUGCUGAUGAAGGACUAGAAAACGGGUACGUGUAGGGCAAGGUGUAGCGGAAUGACUGCAGUCAUUCGCAUGUAUGAUUUGUCACGCCUUAAGUGUAGCUUUGGUGUCUUUCAAACCAAGCUAGGUUGAUUUGGUACUAGUUGGCUCAGAUCAACUGGUCUUUUAGCUUGCAAAUGAUUAAAGAGAAUCAUUAUUAAAAAGUAAAAAUCUCACUCUUUGUAAAAAUCUUACUCUUACAUUUGCUCAUCAAUUAACAAUAGUGUGCAAAGCUUCAAAGCAAAUAAAAUGUUGAAUUAGUCUCAAGAGUUAAAGAUUCUUAAGCAUCAGGAAUUAGUCUAAUGUUUAAUUGGAUUAUUACUUUUUUUGUGAUACAUACCGAGCAUACACUUGUGAUUCAAGCCAAGCUAGGUUCAUUUGGUACUGGUUGGCUCAGGUCAACUGGUUUUGGCUUGGAAAUGAUUAAAGAGAAUAACUGUUAACUAAGUGAAACGCUAUUUGUAAGAGUCACUCACCAAAUUACAAUAAUGUCCAAAACUACAGGUUUAUUAUCAAAUAAACUUCAAGCAAAUAAAAUGUUUAGUUAGUCUAAGAGUCAAGAUUCUUGAGCAUCAAGAAUUAGUGUAAUGUUUAAUUGGAUUCUUAUCUUCUGUGAUUCAUACCGAACAAAAAUGAUCAAUCAUUUAGAAAUGGAUUAUAUGCUAAAUUACAAAAACAUUAAAAACUUUCUCUGAAAAGUGACAUCACUGAGAGUGAAGUGUCAUUUAUUUAUUGGAUGAAUUUUUGACAAAUUUUGUUUUCUAUUGUUUGCCUAGUUCUUUACUACUCCAUCUGUUUCAUUAUAAGUGUCGUUUUAGGUUUCGGCACACGGGUUAAGAAAACAAUUAAUUUUGUACAUUUCCUAUAAAAAAAACACUAUUACUUAUUCAUGUAACCAUAUUUCAAUCAAUAGAAAAAUAAAUUUUGCAAUAAAUUUUGCAUUGAAAAUCGAAAACGACAUUUAUUUUGUAACGAAAAUUUUUUUCUAAAACGACACUUAAUAUUAAUAAAAUACUUGGUAAUAGCUAAACUGUUACAAAUUUGUGACCAAAAAAAAAAAAAUCUAAAUUGUUACAAAUAAGAAAACAAGAAGAAUGGUCGACAAGAAAAAAAAGAAAAGGAUGAUAAACAAGUUAAAACAAGAUUGACCCCGGCCAUCAUAUCCACCGUCCAUUCACUCGUAAUCACAAACUUUUUUUAAGUUGGAUUAAGAUGUGGCCACCCUUUGACCUAUCGUUGCUUGUAAAGCCAACCAACACUCAAAUCAUUAUAGACGACGAUCUUAAUCCAACCCCAUUUAAGAUAUUCUAUGCUUUUCUUCUCAUAUAGUAAUGUACAAUAUUCAUAAUAUAUAUCCUCAAUCGCUACUUAGACGUCUGAGAUACAUGUGACUAAUGCCCUCAAGAAUCAUCGAUUUUUGUUUUGUAUCUUGGAUUAUAACAAAACAUGAUGAUUCCAUGUUAAAUGUGAUUGCCAUCCGGAAAUAAAACUAGCCACGAGCUUUUCCAUGGAAAAUAUAAGAUUGAAUGACUGAUCUUGUGUCUAAUAUGUAGUCAUGUUGCCAAAAAAAUGAUCACAAUUCGUUUAGUCUCAGUCCAUUAGCCAAUUUAUGUGACUAUCAGUCAAUGUAUUCUUUGAUAUGUACGUUUACUCGCACAUUCCUUGGUAGAUAUUAUUCUUGGCGACCAACGUAUAUUGUUAAAUCGAUGUAAUUAUGAAUAUUUUAGUGGUUUGACAAUUAUGAUUACUGGAAGAGUAAUAAGGUACCUUUGUUAAGCAAAAGUUUUAGAAGUAGUCCUGUAGAUAGCACUCUCGAAAAGGUGUUACUGGAAGAAAUUAUAAAGUUAAAAUGUGCUCCAAUACGUAAUUAUGAUCGUAUAACACUUGUACUGGGUCGCGGCAUGAGUCAUGCUCAUAUCAGCAUGUGGUUUCGAUGUUUCAUUAAACUCGAGUUAAAAAAAAUGGUAUUUCAAAACUUCAUUCCAUCAUCCAAUUAUCUCUAGUUUGACCUAAUAAGUGAACUUUAACCUAUUUUAUAUUUCCACCACAAAAUAUAAAAAUAUUAUACAAUAACGUAGAUUUUAUAUUUGCAAUGAUCAAAUAUAAUAUAGAAACUAUAUCUUUUUACCAAAAAAAACUAUACUCUAUCUUCUAUAUAUAACCAACAACAUUGAAGCUGAUCCUUUCAGAUCAAAAACUCCCCAAAAAUAUGGAGAAAAGCCAAAGAUGUAACAAAGACACAAACACCAACAUAGGCUUCUGCCUUCUUCCCCCUGAGCUCAUACAGAACAUUUUAUUCCACCUCUGCAUACCUGAGAUCAUCCGAAUGAAACUACUCAACAAGUUUGUCUUAAACACAAUCUCUGACCAAAGCUUCAUCAGACAACUCAACCAUGGAUCACAAAGAGACACAUGGAUCUUUGUCUAUACAAGGCGUUGGCGUCGCGACAACGGUGUGCUUCACGGCUUUUCCAACCGUUCUGUACGGUGGUUCAAGAUUCCGGUGGCUGAAAUUUUGACCGUGGAAUCUUAGCCGUUGAUUUGGUGGACAAGAGUGUUAGAAGAAUCAACUCAUGUCCUUUAGGUCCACGUGGCACGUCCUCGUGGAGACGGUCCGGAAUGAAGCUUGUACCCGAUCCAUCAAAUCCAAGUCAUUUCCGGUUUAUGUUUGCUGAGAUGGUAAAUAACCGACCGGUUUUGUUUACUUAUCAUUCUAAUACAACCACGUGGACUACUAAAGAAGCAGAGGAAGUAAAUAAUUGGGGAUUUAAGAAAAACAAUAACGUUUUCUUAAGCUUAUCAAACCGACCUCACGAGAGUAUUGUGAUGAGCGUGGACGAUGGGUCGAUGAUGAAUCGUGUUCCAUCGAUUUUGAGGCCAAGGUUGAACCAGGACGCGAUCAGAGGAUGCCCUUCAAGUGUUGGAUUCAGCAGGAACGAUCUAGAGAGUCAGUUGUUACAUAUACAUGGAGAUGAUUACAAAGUUGUUAUUGGGUUAGACACGAUAGAGUUAUCAAAGAUGAAGAGAAUGAAAAGUCUAGAGGUUUGGAAAAUAAGCUCAAACGGUGAGAAGUGGGAGCUAGUGUCAAGAGCUCCAAGUGAAGUGAUCAGCAACAAGCUUUGUGGUGUGAUGAUGGGGUGCUUAGAGAGGAGACUAGGGGUGAUUAGAGUGGCUUUGAUGACGAACCGUGAGGGUUUAUGGAAUAUUAUAUGGUUGGAUUAUGAUAAGGAGAAGGAUAAGUGGGAAUGGGUCCCUUUACCACAUUGUAGAUUCUUGCAAGGCUCAAAUAUGGCCGGUAUUAGCUUUUCUUCUGGUCUCACUUUUUCAUUGUAACACACUUCAAAAGUUUAAUAUAAAUGUCGAUAUCAACCACC